AAUAGUGAGUGAGUGAUUUCAUGGAACAUGAUUGCUAAGAUGAAUGUUGUGUUUGUGCUGGGCUUUGUGCUGAUGGCUUCCGCCUUUGCGACGGAUCUGAGCGCCAAUGACUGCGAAAUCAAUGUCGAGGAGUGUUCGCCGAUUUACUCCAGCUUCCAUUCGUCGUCCGGCAGAACGGUGGAGAACGAUCUGAAGCAGUACACCAGCCAGCUGGUGGACAAAUCGUUCCACUUCCUGCUCAUGUCGUCCGCGUUCAACAAGCACAGCCUCGAUCGGCCCGGCUUCGAAAAGCUGUACCGCAAGAUUAGCGACAAAGCAUGGGAGGAUGCGAUCGAUCUGAUCAAGUAUCAGAGCCGCCGUGGUGCGUACGGAAAUUUGGUACAACCGAACAAGGCCGAAAACUAUGGCAAGGUGCUGGAUGUGCAGGAACUAAGCUCGCUCCAGUUUGCCCUGGACUACGAGAAGACGAUGGCCAAGGAAGCGCAUGCCAUUCAUCGUAAGAUUUCGCACGCCCACUCGAAGGCCGGUUCCAACGGAGGAGAUGAUGUGUACCACUACGAUCCGGAUGCAGCUCACUACCUGGACGAGAAGAUCAUCGAGUAUCAGUCGGGUGUGGUGCGUGAUUUGGCUGGUUACAUCCACAACCUGAAGCACUUCACAUCGGUGAAACAUGCGGCCAACGAUUUGGGUAAUCAUCUUUUCGAUGAGUACUUGGCUUCUGUUUAAGAG